UUGACCGCCACUCAAACGGGCCAAUCAGAGUUCAGCUGGGACAGCCGCCUGCUUGGUUAACCGUCAGAGGAAACGCUCAUUUAAAGUUCGUGUUUUACGCGGAAAAUAGCCUAAAUUAGCCAAUUUUUGUCAAUCUUCCAAACGACUCUGUGGUAAAAUGGGAAGAGAAAGUGACGCUAAAGGAGAUGCAAAGUUGAAGCAGAAGAAGCUGAAACGGUUGAGUGACCGGGAGAAUGCCGGUUCCGGUGGAGAUCCGAUGAAGAAAAGGUCAUCAAAGUCCAAAGAGAAGAACAAUGACGGGUCUCCUGAGCAGGUCAGGGACGUCCUGGAGCCGGCCAGCAGCUCCAGUGAUUUGGUGAAACUCGAGCUGCAGGACGACUUUACUGAGAGGAAGAAGAGAGGCUUGAAAAGGAAACGUGUGAAAGACGAGUCGAUGGAGGAAGAAGCUGCAUUCGUCUCAGGGAGGGGAAUCAAGCCCCUCAGUGACAAAGAAGCAAGUGAAGAAGAAGCUCAGAAAAAAGAAUCCAAGAAGAAACCCAAAAAGACGGUCAAGAAAGAGGAAGAAGAGCAGCCAGUCAUCAAAAAACCCAAGAGGUCAAAGGAGGAGAUCGAAGAAGCCAAAAUGCUGAAGAUGAAGAAGAAGGAAGAGGAGGAGCAGAGCCGCUGGAGAUGGUGGGAGGAAGAGCGGUACGAAGACGGAGUGAAAUGGAAGUGCUUGGAGCACAACGGGCCCUACUUCCCUCCGGAGUACCAGCCUCUUCCUUACAACGUUCACUUCUUCUACAACGGUAAGAAGAUGAAGCUGAGCCUCGCAGCAGAGGAGGUGGCGCUUUUCUUUGCUCAGAUGUUGGACCAUGAAUACACGACCAAGAAGGUGUUUCGUGAGAACUUCUUCAGAGAUUGGAGGAAGGAGAUGACCCAUCAGGAGCGGUUAGUCAUCACAGAUCUGGAGAAGUGUGACUUCAGAGAACUCCACGCUUUCCAUAAAGACAAGGUGGAAGCCAGGAAGGCUCUGAGCAAAGAGGAGAAGCAGGCUCAGAAAGAUGCCAAUCAGAAGAUCGUGGAUAAAUAUGGCUUCUGCCUGCUGGACAACCACAGAGAACGCAUCGGGAAUUUUAAGUUGGAGCCUCCGGGUUUGUUCCGAGGGAGAGGAGAGCAUCCCAAGCAGGGAAUGCUGAAGAAACGGAUCCAACCGGAAGAUAUCAUCAUCAACUGUGGCAAGGAGUCCAAGCCACCUGCGCCCCCUGCUGGUCACCACUGGAAGGAAGUACGGCACGACAACACCGUGACGUGGCUGGCCAGCUGGACCGAGAACGUCCAGGGAUCCAUUAAGUACAUUAUGCUCAACGCCAACUCCAAACUGAAGGGAGAGAAGGACUGGGAGAAAUACGAGGUUGCUCGGAAGCUCAAGUCGUGUGUGGACAGCAUCCGGGACGGUUACCUCCGCGACCUGAAGUCCAAGCAGAUGGUGACGAGGCAGAGAGCCGUGGCCCUGUACUUCAUAGACAAGCUCGCCCUAAGAGCGGGAAACGAGAAGGAGGAGGGCGAGACGGCGGACACGGUCGGCUGCUGCUCGCUGCGCGUCGAGCACAUCACGCUCCACGACGAGCUGGACGGAAACGAGUGCGUGGUGGAGUUCGACUUCCUGGGGAAAGACUCCAUCCGCUACUACAACAAGGUGCCGGUCAUCAAGAAGGUUUUCAAGAAUAUUAAGCUUUUCAUGGAGAACAAGGAUCCUGGAGACGAACUCUUCGACCGUCUAAAUACGGCCCUCCUGAACAAACACCUGAGCUCUCUGAUGCCGGGCCUGACUGCCAAGGUGUUCAGGACGUACAACGCCUCCAUCACCCUGCAGCAGCAGCUGCAGCAGCUCACCAACAAGGCCGACAACGUGGCGGAGAAGCUGCUGUCCUACAACAGAGCCAACAGAGCCGUCGCUAUUCUCUGCAACCACCAGAGGGCGCCGCCAAAAACCUUCGAACAGUCGAUGGCCAACCUGCACUCCAAGAUUGUUGCUAGAAAGGAGCAGCUGGCUCUAGCCAAGACGGAGCUGAAACUGGCCAAGAAGGAACUGAAAACCAGAGGCAGCCCAGACAGCAAGCUGCAGAGCAUGGUGGACAGGAAGGCGGCGGCGGUGAAGCGCUGUGAGGACCAGCUGCUGAAGAUGGAGGUCCAGGCGACGGACAGAGAGGAGAACAAGCAGAUCGCCCUCGGUACCUCCAAGCUCAACUACCUGGACCCGCGGAUCAGCGUGGCCUGGUGUAAGAACAUGGACGUGCCCAUAGAAAAGAUCUACAAUAAAACCCAGCGGGAGAAGUUCGCCUGGGCCAUCGACAUGACGGAGGCCGACUUCGAGUUCUGACCCGGACCGGUUACUUCGUUGGUACUCAGUACUUUAUCAUCCUGUUUGUUGCUCUGCCUCAAUGUUGCUUUAACGCUAAUUUGUUUGCUUUUGGCACUUGAUUUCAGUAACUGCUGAUUGUUGUGCAUUUGAUUUGAACUAAUCUCAAUAAAGGCUCAUAAUUUGCAUGAAAAAUGUAAAUAAAGUUCGUCAGAAGCCUGAAUUUUUAAAA